AUGCCUGGACAUUUCGGUCAAAAAGUACUCAAUGCAUUCGGCGUGGGCCAUCAUACCCAGCAAGACCACCAGGGCCAACCUCCUGGUUCAGCCGGUCACCAUCUACCCGGUCGUGGGUUCAUCCACGACGAUGAGCGCCCGCUCUCUUCCCCUCCUAACAAUGGCACGUAUCCCCGCCUGGCUCGACUCUCCGACGGCUCCAUCCUCUCCUCCUUCACACGUUUCCCGGACGGUCAACAUGCCCUCUGUGUCGCCCGUAGCACCGAUGGCGGACGCACCUUUGAGAACUUCUCCGAAGUAACGCGGGCGACCGGGGAUGUGGACAACAUGUUUCUUCUCGAGGUCGCUCCGGGGGUGGUCCUCGCAGCGUUUCGCAAUCACGACCUAGGUCCUAAUGGUCCUACACACUUCCGCAUCACCGUCUGCAGGUCCACGGACGGAGGUCGCAGCUGGAAGUUUGCAUCCCAGGCAGCAGAGAAGAGCCCGCCCUUUGGAAUCUGGGAGCCCUUCAUGCGACUCGGCCGACGGGGGGAGGUACAAUUAACCUACUCUCAAGAAUUUGCACACAACAACCAAUGCACGAUGCUUGUUGUUACACAUGAUCAAGGGAGUACUUGGAGUCACCCAGUCUGUUUACACGGUGACCAAGACCCCUUGCGCGACGGGAUGAAUGGAAUCGCAACUACUUUUGACAACGGUCGCGAGGCACUAGUCAUGGUCUUCGAAACCACUCGCUAUGGACCGUUCAAUGUUGAGGCAUUGAUCUCCUACGAUGAUGGCGCGACAUGGCACCAUCGCCAUGAGGUUUUCCGACCCCGCCAAGGACACAAUGCGGGGUCGCCGCAGAUCUCCGCAUUUGCUGAUGGUUCCAUGGUGGUGGUGUUCAUGACUGAUGAUGAUUCGCAUAAGGUAGACUGGGUCAAGCAUGCGUCUAUCAAAGCCGUCUUCGCAGGGCCGCCCCAGAAUGGCCAGAUUCGCUGGAGUGAGCCCCAGGUGGUCUCGCCCGCCUCCAGCUUCUGGCCGGGAGUGCUGGCGCUCGAUCAUCAUACAGCCCUGGUUACUUAUGACCGCGGCGGACCACUUGCCAAGAGCAUUACGUGGCAGCCUCGUCAGUGA